UCUUCGUUUUUUCCCCGAACUACUGCAAGAGAAACUUGCCCUUCUUCUUUCCUUUCCUGUUUCAUCUGCUCCUCUUCUUCUCCUUCCUCGUUCACAAUGCCGUCCGACCGAAGCCGACCGCAGAUGCGAAUAGCAAAGAUUUCCGCCCACGUCGCGCCGACGUCGGGCUACAAGUACGACGUGUUCUUGAGCUUCCGAGGGCCCGACACUCGCCGCACCGUCGCGGAUGUCCUCUACGAAAGCUUAGUCGACGCCGGAAUAAGCGUCUACAGGGACACUGAAGAGCUUACCGUAGGCGAGAGUAUUGGACCGGAGCUCGUGCACGCGAUCAACGACUCGAGGAUCCACAUGCCGAUCUUCUCGGAAGGCUACGCAUCCAGCUCGUGGUGCCUCCAGGAGCUCGCGCACAUGGUGAAGUGCCGGAGCGAAUCCGCGGGACACGAAAUCGUGCCCCUAUUCUACGGCGUGAGUCCUUCAGACGUGAGGCUCAGGACGGGGUCGUACAGCGAGGCCCUGCUCAAGCACGAGCGGCGCUACGGCGAAGAGACGGUGCGAGAGUGGAAGGAGGCUCUAAGGGAGGUCGCAGAUCUCAGUGGAUGGGACGCACGAGACGCGGGAGCGCUUGGUAAACUUAUUAAAGCUCUUGUUCAAGAGCUUUUAAUUAAGCUGAAGAAGAGACAAAAGGUUCUUCCCGAUCACUUAGUCGGAAUUUAUGAUCGAGUCAGAGACGUGAUGCAGAUGUUAGACUUUGGCUCCCUGGACAUACGAUUCGUUGUUGUGCACGGGAUGGGAGGAAUCGGCAAGACAACUCUUGCCAAGGCGGUUUUCAACGAGAUAUUUCCUCUCUUUGACUGUUGCAGCUUCCUUUCAGACAUCCAAGACAAUGAUAUCGUGACGUUGCAGAAACGUCUGUUGUCCGAUAUCCUGAAGAGGUACCCAGAUUUCCAUGAUGCCGACGGCGGUGUCAACAUUUUACGAGAAAGACUUCGCAACAAGAAUGUUCUCAUUGUUCUCGAUAAUGUGGAUAAGAUAGAGCAGCUCAGGGAACUGACGGGGAAUGGUGACUGGCUUGGCCCAGGAAGCAGGAUUAUUGUCACAACUAGGAAUCUCGGUCUCCUGGCGAGAGAAGUAAUGGGACAACAGGAUGAUGUCCCAUUUCUUCCUAAAAAUUAUUAUGCUUAUGAGAUGACGGGGAUGAAUCCUUGGCAUGCUCUUCAACUUUUCAGCAAGCAUGCCUUUGGAGAAACCCUACCUCCAGAUGAUCUUGAAACUAUUUCCAGUGAAAUAGUGGCCACUACCAGAGGAAAUCCUUUGGCUCUUGAAGGUUUAGGUUCUUUUCUCCGUGGCGAAAGCCUCAAGAUAUGGGCAGAAACAUUGGAGCGUGCAACAAAAGUGCCUGAUAGAAGAGUCCAAGAGAAUUUAAGGAUAAGUUAUGAGGCAUUAAGCUUUGAGGAAAAGCAGAUUUUCUUAGACAUUGCAUGCUUUUUCAACGGCAUAGAGAGCACAGCCGCAGCAUAUGUGUGGAAAGAUUGGGGUCUCUUCCCUGAAAGCGGACUUGCUGCUCUGAUGAAUAGGUCUCUGUUGAAGAUAGACCAUCACGGCCGUCUUCAGAUGCAUGACCAGAUCAGAGAUCUCGGAAGGGAAAUUGUCCGAGAGGAGAAUUAUCUGAAUGCAGGAAGUCGAAGCAGGUUGUGGGAUUCCAACGAAUGCCUUCGCGUACUUCGUGAACCGAUUGACUACCAGCGAAAGAGCACUGUUGAAUCACUUAGGUUACAAUUCCCUGAGGUACAGACGCUUUCAAGUCAAGAAUUUGCUGCUCUCCCAAAGCUAAGGUCACUUCAUGUUGAAAGGGUAAAGUUCACUGGAGAUUAUAAGAAUGUUUUCAGAGAAUUGAGAUGGCUAUCUUGGGAUCAUUGUCCUGCAGACUUUGAUGCGACCAAUUUCUUUCCGAGCGAUCUAGUCGUUCUCAAGAUUUCUUGUAGUGAACUUAGAGAUGAUUGGCCCGGAUGGCACCAAAUCACGAAAUCUUCGAAGUUGAAAGUACUGGAACUUGAAGAAUGCAGCCGCUUAACUAGAUUGCCCUUCCUCUCUGCCCUCUCGAGCUUGGAAAGAUUGAUUGUACGAAAUUGCCAAAGCUUGGUUGAACUCGAUGAAUCGAUUGGUAAGCUAGUGCAAUUAAAUUACUUGGAAAUCGAUGGGUGCAAAUCUCUGAGAGAGUUGCCCGAAGAAGUCGCUUGUCUGAAGGCUUUGAAGGAGCUGAUAAUUAGAGGGACAGUACUUGGUCCUGUUGGUUCGUAUCUUCCCCCUCGAUCGGUAAUCUGCAGUCUUUGACAAGGCUAGAGAUGGAAAGUGUCGGCAUGAGCGAACUUCCACACACAAUUGGAGAGCUAAAGGAUCUUAAAAUCUUGCGUUUGUCCAGGUGUUAUGAGCUAAGAAAGCUUCCAGACUCAAUUUGGGGAUUGGAAUCACUAGUUGAGUUGGAUCUGUCUUAUGCCAAAGUAACAGAACUACCUGAGUCGAUUGGAUUCCUGAGCAAUUUGAAGGUGAUAAGGAUAGAUCAUAGUGGGAUAAGCAAGAUCCCGGCGACUAUAGGCAUGAUGGAGAAGCUUCAAGAAUUUCAUGCUGAAAAAUGCUUGCAGUUGGAGGGAGAUAUUCCUAGUGGAAUGGGGAGUCUCUCCUUUCUGAAAAUCCUGAACUUAUCCGACACUCGCAUUCGAUCUGUGCCCACAACAAUCAACCAGCUUUCUCAUCUCCAGGAACUCAAUUUGAAAGGUUGCCAUGAGCUUAGACAAAUCCCGGAGCUUCCCCCAGUUUGAUUAACCUGUAUGUCGAGUCUUGCUCACUAAAGACAGUCCCAGACCUCUCAAACCUGACCGGUUUAGUCAAUCUAAUUGUAUCUGACUGCUCUGAUGAAUCUCUUUCUAGCCCAUGGGAUGCCGAUUGUGUCCAAACUCCAAACCUGAAGUGGGUUGGGAGGUUGUCUAGACUGGAGACGCUGAAACUGGUUCAUAAAAGCAUCACUGCACCACCGGUGGAGUUAGCUUCCCUUCCUGGCCUGGAGCAAUUGGUUCUGUCUUGUUUUGAACUACAAUCACUCACUCAGCCGCUUCCUCCCACGCUGUCCGUGUUGAAGCUUAUAAACUUCAACUCAUUGGCAGAAUUAUCUCCCCGUUCUGACUUGAAAUAUUUGUCAAGUUUGGAGCUAUGUAAAUCGUGGCUGAUGGAAAUUCCACUCAAUCGGUUUGGACAAUUGGAGAAUCUGAGGGAACUGACGGUGUCGAACUGCGCUUUUCUUGGGCGGUUAUCCUGUCUGUCAGGCUUGAAGAAACUCAGAGUGCUGCGCUUGUUGAACUGCCCGAAGCUAGUUGAGAUCCAAGAUCUCGUCGAACUGGAAUCGCUGGAAACUAUAAGGAUUGAGCAGUGCGGUUCCCUGGUAAGGUUGCCUAAUCUCUUGAAUUUGAAGAAGUUGAGGGCCAUGGAAAUCAGAUUUUGCAGAUCAUUACCGAGUUUGCCUCCUCUAUCUCGGGUAGCUUUUGAAGAUUGUCAUCUAGUAGUUGACGGGUGCGAUAAGCUAGCCAACCACAACGGCCCUUUUCGGCUUCACAGGUACAAAAGGCAAUGUCCGAACCCCCGUUUGCGCCUAUGAGUUGGAGAAUAGAGAACACUCGCCUUGUCCCGUUUGCUUGUACUUUCUGUUUCCUUCUAUUUCCCAGGUUGUGCUCUUAUUUCUUCUUGACUUCCCAGUUAGCAUCCUCUGGAUUGAUAGGAGAUGCUAACGCGUGUAAUAAGACAUUACAUAUGUAUAAGCAGCCUAGUAAUUUCUCUCUUUA